AUGUUGGUGCAGUUCUACACGGCCAUCAUCGAGUCCAUCCCCACCUCCUCCAUCACCUCCUCCAUCACCUCCUCCAUCACCUCCUCCAUCACCUCCUCCAUCACCUCCUCCAUCACCUCCUCAUCACCUCCUCCAUCACCUCCUCCAUCACCUCCACAUCACCUCCUCCAUCACCUCCUCCAUCACCUCCUCCAUCACCUCCUCAUCACCUCCUCCAUCACCUCCUCCAUCACCUCCUCCAUCUCCUCCUCAUCACCUCCUCCAUCACCUCCUCCAUCACCUCCUCCAUCACCUCCUCAUCACCUCCUCCAUCACCCCCCAUCACACCCCUCAUCACCUCCUCCAUCACCUCCUCCAUCACCUCCUCCAUCACCUCCUCCAUCACCUCCUCAUCACCUCCUCCAUCACCUCCUCAUCACCUCCUCCAUCACCUCCUCAUCACCUCCUCCAUCACCUCCUCAUCACCUCCUCCAUCACCUCCUCCAUCACCUCCUCCAUCACCCUCCUCAUCACCUCCUCCAUCACCCCCUCCAUCACCUCCUCCAUCACCAUCACCUCCUCCAUCACCUCCUCCAUCACCUCCUCCAUCACCUCCUCAUCACCUCCUCCAUCACCUCCUCAUCACCUCCUCCAUCACCUCCUCCAUCACCUCCUCCAUCACCUCCUCCAUCACCUCCUCCAUCACCUCCUCCAUCACCGUGUGGUUUGCUGGAGCCACAGUCAGGGACAAACAGAGACUACAGUGCAUUGUGCGCUCUGCAGAGGAAGUGA